CUAGCUCCCCUGAGUGUAAUCUCUUCGGUCAAUCUGCGCCUCUCUUUCACCACCCAGCUUCAAACACUCCCUUGCCGCUCCCUUGGGCAUAUCGUCCCCCUCUUUCCUUUUCUCCUUGCGAGAGGUCACUCCUUCACCGGAACGUCAUUCCUUUUGCUGCUGCGACUGCGCGUCUGGUCUACGCGCAAACACUCCUUCGAAUUCCAAUACUUGAGCGAAUCUACCAUCACACCAACACAAUGAAGUUAUUCACACUUUCCACGAUCGCAUUCCUUGCGAGCGUGUUUCCCACAUCAUGGGCACAGACUCACACCGCCUGUAACCCUCUGAACACGACCGGAUGUCCUGACAUGGAAGCUCUUGGUGGCAAUGCGACCUUCUAUUGGAACAAGACCGGCAUCCCCACUGGCAGCAAGGUCUGGGAGAAGCAGAACCAGGGCAGUAUCGACUGGAGCGAGGAGGCCAAGGGUGCGACUUUCACAGUGGAGCGUUCGGGUGACUCGCCCAUGGUGCAGUCCAAAUUCUACAUGUUGUUCGGUCGCUUUGAGGUCGUCAUGAAGGCUGCUAAGGGCCAAGGCAUUGUUUCGUCGGCUAUCUUGCAAUCUGAGGCUCUCGACGAGAUCGACUGGGAGUUUCUCGGCACAAACACCAAGCAAUGUCUCACCAACUACUUCGGCAAGGGCAAUACCAGCGCCUACGACCGCGGCAAAGACUUUGACAUGGAUGCUCCACAAGACCAGUUCCACAACUACACCAUCGACUGGACUGCGGAACGUAUCCAGUGGUGGCUUGACGGCAAGAUACUGCGUGAGCUCCUUUUCGCCGAUGCUCUCAAUGGCAAGAAUUACCCGCAGACCCCCAUGAACAUCCGCCUAGGUGUCUGGGCUGGUGGUGACGUUGCCAACAACGAUCCCGGAGUUGUGGAGUGGGCUGGAGGCAAGACAGACUUCAAGGACGGACCUUUCACCAUGACGGUGCAGACCAUCUACGCCGAGGACUACACGAAGGGUGCCAAAUACAGCUGGGCGGACAUGGAUUCGAGCGGUUCCUACAAGAAGGUCAAGGUCAUCAGCCCCACUGAGAAGUCCGAUGUCCUGAAGGAGAUUCAAAACCCCACCGGCGUUCGCAACAACUGGAAGGCUCUGUCCGCUGGCGCGAAGAGCGGGAUCAUCAUCGGUGCGCUCGCCGUCUUCGGUGUCCUCGUCUGCCUCCUCAUCUUCUGCUGCAUCAAGCAGCGCCGUGCCGGAAAGCGCGAGCACGCUGCCCUGCUGGCUGGCGAACAGAAGGAGGCUGCCGAACUCGAGGAAUACAAGAGACAGAUGCAGGGCGGCAAGUUUGGCUUCGGUAGCAACGUCAACCGCGUCUAAACAAUCCGCGGCAGCUCAUUGACACACAUGCCGCCCGAGGGCCUACGUAUGUCGAAGGUGCUUGCCAUGUCACCAGAUCUUUGUUUCAGUAGCCGGCCAACGCCGUGGC